AUGCGACCCAUCGACGUGACUCCCAUGAUCGCCGACAAGCUCUUAAAUACGGUGUACAGCGCGAUAAAGAUCGCCGGUCCCGCAAAAUUCAAAGUUGGUGACUCAGUACGCGUGAGCAAAUUCAAAACGGUCUUUGAGAAAGGUUACACACCAAAUUGGACCACGGAGGUAUUUCGAAUCGUCAAAGUACAGAAAACUAAUCCCGUGACGUAUCUUCUGGAAGAUUACCGUGGAAAACCGGUCGCUGGAGGAUUCUACGAGUACGAGUUGCAUCGCGUCGUUAAUCCCGACGUAUAUCUAGUUAAAAAGGUGUUGCGUAAAAAAGGAGAUAAGGUUUACGUGAAAUGGCUAGGAUUCGAUAAUUCACACAACUCUUGGAUACACAAGGAUAGCGUGCUAUAA